ACAAAUCCCAUGUGGAGGUGGUACUUGAUAGAAGAGACUCCUCUUUCAGCAACAUUCUUCUUCCAGACACUUGCCCUGGACGAAAACGUUUCGCCCGUGUUAAGUCGUUUGUUUCGCUUUAGUAACGGAUUUUAUAGCACUCGCAAAAAGGGUACUGUGAGUUAUAACCAACUGCUGCUUGACUGGUUGUUUAUUUCGACUAGGCACAGCUGGUCGGCUAACGUGCUAGCAGCUACUUGUAGAUUUAUCCUACCUACGGCUUAUUCGUGGCCGCUUUGCCAGGUGAGCCAACAUAAGCUGAAAACGUCACAAUGGUCUGAUACAGGUCUUUUGUGAAUUAUAUCCAGUAUUAAUAGGCGGUAGGUCGAUAUUGGCAAACAACACUGCACGGUGUUUUGAGUGUUCGUUGAUUGUGUAAGUUGGCCUGUUUGUAUUUGGCAUUAAGCAUUGUCUCUGUUGACAGGCUACGUAGAGUAGACUCAAAACACAAACACUGUCCCUGUAAACAAACUUCUCAGCUGUUGACUUCGGAUAAUCUUGAAAAAUACCCGAUUCAGUAUGGCGCAACACGACCCCUCUCAUGUAGCCAGCUCACAAAAAGCACUUAUGCUGGAAAUGAAGAGCCUCCAAGAAGAACCCGUGGAAGGAUUCAAAAUAACAUUGGUGGAUGAAGCAGAUUUGUAUAACUGGGAAGUAGCCAUUUUUGGACCCCCUAACACUCAUUAUGAAGGGGGGUAUUUCAAGGCUCGGAUCAAGUUCCCAAUAGAUUACCCAUACUCCCCACCUGCGUUCCGUUUCCUCACAAAGAUGUGGCACCCAAAUAUUUAUGAGAAUGGAGAUGUGUGUAUUUCUAUAUUGCACCCUCCUGUGGAUGAUCCGCAAAGUGGAGAACUUCCUUCUGAAAGGUGGAAUCCAACUCAAAAUGUCAGAACCAUUUUAUUGAGCGUGAUCUCACUUCUAAAUGAGCCUAACACUUUCUCACCGGCCAAUGUGGAUGCCUCUGUGAUGUACCGCAAAUGGAGGGAUAGUAAAGGCAAAGAUCGUGAAUAUGUAGAGAUCAUCAGGAAACAAGUUUUGGCUACAAAGGCUGAAGCAGAGCGUGAUGGUGUCAAGGUACCCACCACUUUGGCGGAAUACUGUGUUCGUACACGUGCUCCAGCUCCCGACGAAGGCUCUGACCUCUUUUAUGACUAUUACUAUGACGACGACGAUGUGGACGCUGAAGGCGACUGCUGCUAUGAUGAUGAUGACUCGGGCAAUGAGGAGUCCUGACAUGUUUUGCAUAAUUUCUAGCAUUUGCCCAAGAAGCCAGAUCUUGUAGGUCCUCAACCAGGAUGGUUUGAAGCCUUUUAUUUUUAAACAGUUUUUCUCAGCCUCAAGGCAGAGAAAAAAAUGGGUGCACCUUUUUAAAAUGGUCAGUGUGGCAAGAUUUGCACCAGCACAAGUCUUUACCUUGUUCACAUGUUCCCACUAUCACCUGACACAUAUAGUAAUUUUAUUUACAGUACAUUUGGGUUAAACCACUGUUAAAAAAGACAACUUUCUGCACUGGUGCAAGCCAACCUUAAUCUUCUCUACUUUGCAAACUUUAAUUUCCUUCAGUGUAUCUGACUGAGGUCAUCUCUGAACAACUGAACUACAACUGAGAACAAUGUGUUUGUGGAAAGACCACAUGGUUAACAAUCUGGCUUUCUGACUGUGAUGUUGUAACAUGAGCUAAGUUUAACCCGACAGUGUUAACAAACUUUUAUGUGCAUGCUGUAUCAUCACGGGAGCUGUUUUAAUCAUUUCACAGAUGGACUGUUCACCUGCCCAAUUUUAGAAAUGACUUAAUUAUGACUUAACUCUGACAAACUCUUAAACAUUUUAACAUCCAAUUGAUUUUUGCUUUGUGUGUCUGUGUGUGUAUUUGUGUUAUUCUUCUGGUCAAUGAGAAUGUUCUUUUGAAUGCUGAGAUGCAGUUUUUUGACUUGGCUUGUGUUAGGAUGAGGGAUCAUGAUUUUUUAGGAGCUGAAGGCUACAUGUUCAUUUGUUUUUUCCUAUCAGGUUGACUAAAGACCUGAGGGAGCCAAAGAUAUACUUUUUCCACUAAAAGAAAAUCUAUGUAUAGUUUAUUUACUUAUUGCUCUUAAUACUUGUAGCAACCUCAUGUUUGCUCAAACAUCACGCCUGCAAUCUGUAAAUGCAAUUGAAAUUGGUAAAUCCACAAGUCACAAAAUAAUAGUGAAUAGGAAAACAGUCAUCUAACAAGUGCACUGAGUGGACAGUUUUGAUUUUUGAUCAGAAUGUGUCUGAAUAUUGCUCUGGCAAUAUGAAUUGUUACAGUUUUGACAUGAAUACAGAAAUUCUCAGGAUGAAAUGCAUAAAAGACUUAUUUUUCUUUCUUUCCCUUCUGAAUGGAUUUAUAAUUUCAACACUCAGAUAACAGAUACUUGUAGCUGUAUCAUAUUAGUUUGUGUUCUUUACUUUGAGUUGUUACUUUUUUAUUCUGUGCUAUUUAACAGGUAAAUAAAGAGGUAUUAA